AUGACUGAGUAAUACCCCUUAAAUCAACCACAAUAUUAAGAUAAGAAUAGAAAUCAAUAUCAAAAGAAUUAAAAUCAAACAAAUUCAAAUCUAAAUUAUUCUUAUUACAAAUAAUCAUCCAAUUUUAGGUAGCCUUUUAAGUAAAAUCAUUUCCCAUAUUAAAUAGUAAAAAUCAAAAUCAUGAUAGACAAACCAACCUUAACUACUCAUAUAAUUAUAACAAUAAUAGACGAAAUAAUUAUAGAUACUCUUAGAAAUAAAGAGAUUAUCACUAUUAAACAUAACCUGAAUCUAUUUAUUAUGAUUAAAAGAUAUCCAUCCAAUCUGAAAAUCAAAAUAAAUAACUAUAAACAAAUGAAGAAUUAACCCAAUUGAUUGAUUAAGGUAAUCGAGAUUCUCAAUUCUAAAAUCAAAUCUAAAUUGAUAAUCAAUACAUUCAAAAUUCAAAACUGCAAGAAAUUAAUAUAUCUGAUAAAGCUUAAGUUUCUAGUGAUACAUAAGAACAAAUUAAUAAAUAGACACUAUAAUCAUAAUUAUAAAUAAGUACAUCCAUAGUUUAGACUUAAGACCAAGGCACUCAAGAAAAUUAAAAAUCAUAGAAUAAUGAAAAAGUUUAAUCUAUUUCUAAAUUAAAUACAGAAAAAAACGUUUCACUAUAGAACAAUCAAAAUCAAGAAACUCUCUGCAUAUAAUAAUAAUUGAUUUAAUAAAAAUAAAUACCAUUAUUAGUAUAAUUUUUGAUUCUACCUAAUGACACUACUUCAGAACCAUAAUUGAUCCCAUUAACAUUAGUAAUUAUUAAAGUAAUUAUCUAUAGUAAAACUUAACAUAAAUUUAUGAGUAGUUAAAGCAAUUAAUUUAACAUGAUUAACAAUAAAAUUGA